AUGAACAGGAAACAGCGCAGGAGCUCCAAGAAGCCACUUGGUAACUCUGUUCAAUUGGGCCACAUCUUGGGAUCUGGGUCGAACAAAAUCAAGAAAAAAAUUCGAGACAUCGAACGUCUUUUGCAGAAGAAAAAGGAUGUGCUUCCUGACACGGUAUUGAUCGAGAAGGAGAGAAGUCUGGAAGCACUGCGAUUCGAGCUCAAAAACGCUGAGCUGCGUGUCAAAGUCCAGCAAAAUGCGAAAAAAUAUCAUAUGGUUCGGUUUUUCGAGCGCAAGAAGGCCCUCAGACGCUAUAAACAGGCUGUCAAAAACAAUGAUCAAAACGAAAUUCAAGAGAAAGCAGCAGAGUUGUGCUAUGUGGUUAACUUCCCAAAGACGGAAAAAUACAUCGCUUUAUAUCCAACGAACGAAAAUGGACAAGACGAUGAAGAAGACGUCGACACAAGCGAUAAAAGUCAUGAAAAAACACAAGCAGGUAGAAAGGCGUUUCUGGAGCUUGUCAAGGCCAGCAUGGACUCUGGUGAGCUUCCGGUGUCUUUGGAUGAAAUCUUGAAGGGCGGAAAGCUAGGAAGAGACGAUAACGGCUUACAACUGCACAAGAGCGACAGAUCAGGUCCAGAAGAUGGCGGCAAAUCCGAGGUUGGCUCAGGAAAACAGGACAUAGAGGAGGAUGAAGAUGACUUCUUUGAAAACUAG